AUGAAUAAAUAAGAGAAAAGAAAAUUGCCUAAUCAUUUACAAUAUGACACUGUAAGUCCAGCCACUAAAUUGCUCGAGAAGAGAAGAAAGAUGUACGAAGUGCAUGAGGCAUUUGAAGCCCAGAGAGAAGAAUUUAAGAAAUAGGAAGAUAAGUUUAAGUUGGAGGAGGAAAAGAUUAGAUAGAAGGAUAUGGAAAUUUAAGAGUCUUUGAUUAAGUUUUGCAAAUUUCUAUAGGAUAAUGAGGCAAAAAAGAAGAGAGCUGAGGGAAGAUUGGAGGAGGAACGAAGAUAGAAAAUAUAGAAAGAAAAAGAAAUUUAGGAUUUGAAUGGAUAGUUGUAGGAGUUGGAAAAGAAAUAAUAAAAACUAGAGAAAAAAGUUACUUCAAUGAAAAAAUAUGAAGAAUACUUAGAUAGUGUUGCAAAACAGUAUCCAGAAUAAUAUCAUGAUAUGGCAUCAAUUUUAGAGAGACAUAGUACAUUGUCGAGUUAGAAUUAAAAAUUGGUUGAAGAGCAUUAAUCAAUGGAAAAAGAAUAUGAAACAUUAAAAUACAUAUUAACCCAAUCGGAGAAGGACAAGAGUCAUGAAAUUUUAUAAUUUAAUAACGAUAUUAAGGAACUACAAAAAAAGUUGGAAGAAAAGGUAGCAGAGAGAAAUUAACUAUAUUAAUUGGUUGAAGCAUCAGCUAACGAAGCCUCAUCUAAGAAUUUGAGUUUGGGAAGAAUUCUAAUGGCUAUAGAUAAUUUAUUUAAUAGAUGUUAGGAAGGAACCCAGAAGAUUAAACAUGAAUUGGAAGAAACUAAAUAGGAGAAUAAUAAAAAGGAGGAUAAAAAAGUUAAGAAAGAGGACAGCAAGAAAUAAUAGAAAGAUGAAAAAAAGGAAGAAGAAGAAGACAAUUAUGAAGUUAAAAGUUAAUAGGCAAUGUAGAAAUUAAAGAUUAUAUCUUUGUACUUAAAUGAUUUUAAAAAGAUUAUUUAAGGAUGUAAGGAAGAUUAUAAAAAAGCUUAAAACAAAUGA